AUGACAGUGGACGAGCAUGAUAUAAGCGAUGACUCGUUGCAGGGGUUGUUGAAGGCGUUGAACUUGGAUACCUUGAAAAGCUACAGAACAGACUUUGAUCAGCUUGAUUUCCAGACCUUGUCACAAGUCAAACAGGAAGUCGAGUCGCAAUUGUCGGUUUUAUUUGAUGUCCUAAGGAACAAAUAUAGAGCUGAUAUGGAUACUCCACUUGUAACUCAUGAUGGAUUUCCUAGAAACGAUGUGGAUGUCGUUAGUAUCAGAUUGAUUCGAGUCAAAGUAAUAAGAUUGAGAAAUGACAACAAGACUAUAAUAGGACUUUUGGAAGACAAAAUGAUACAGGAGUUUGCCUCACGUCAACAAAAUGAACCUGAAUCGUCCUCACAAUCUGAACAAUUCGUAGUACCUUUUGCACUUGUAAAGGAUGUAGCCAAUCAAGGUCCAGCAUAUAUAGCUGGAUUGCGAGAUGACGACAAAGUCAUUGUGUUCGACGAAGAUAUCCAUGCUGCCAACCAUAACAAACUUGCCAACGUUGUGACCAGAGUAAGGAAUAGCAUCAACAGAGGUAUCCCAGUAGAAGUUUUCCGGGGCGAAGAACGAUUACAGUUGAUUCUACAGCCCACGAUGAAUUGGGGAGGCCAAGGUGUACUUGGAUGUAGAUUCAUUCCAUUGUAA